GAGUGGAAAUAUUGAAGGUUUCAUUGGUCGGCAACCCAUGUUAUCGUCGCAAUAGGUGAUAUCUUCCCCACAUGACGCAAUCGACACCCACGAAUACAUCUCGACUCCCGUCGCCCGAACAUAAAAAGGGUCGCCAAGCACGUAUGUACCACUUAGAACAACUAGAGGGGAAAUUUUAGAAAAAAAACUAUGGCCACCGCCACAUACGUUGUCACGCCUCCAGCUCUAGCCCCGCCCGGGCAGCCCGAUAUCUCGUAUCAUCCGGACCCUGUGAAAUAUCAGGCCCGUAGAGAUAGGCGAAUCAAGUCUGGUGAUUUAACCAAAGAGCUCCCUAAGGGCCUACCUCAGCAGCUUAAUGGAAAGCUGGUCUGGGAAGGCGACAAGCUCGCGGAGACGUAUGAGUGGACUUACGUUCUCCAGCCGAGCCAGCUCGACGAAGUCGAUCUUGCAGUGAAACACUUCAAGUCGCUCGGUUUAUCUUUGGGGCAUAUAAGCCAGGAGACUUUCCCGUUGCCAAAGCUGCACACUGAACUUCGACGGCUUUCUGACGAGCUUCAUAACGGUCACGGUUUCUUCGUGAUACGUGGCUUACGUGUCGAUGAGUACUCGCGCGAAGAUAACAUUAUAAUCUACGCAGGUAUCUCAGCACAUAUCGCUCCUAAACGGGGGCGUCAGGAUAAGAAGUUCGGCGGCAAACCUGCGGCCGUCACCCUAUCUCACAUCAAGGAUUUGAGUGGGCCUGCGAAUAAUGAUGUGAUUGGUAGUCCGGCUUUUACUACCGACAAGCAAGUAUUCCAUACUGACUCUGGAGAUAUCGUAUCUCUCUUCGCUCUUGAGACGGCGGCCGAAGGCGGCGCAAGCAAGCUCGCUAGCACGUGGCGGGUAUAUAACGAGAUUGCUCGCACUCGACCUGAUCUCAUCCACACAUUAACGGGGAACUGGGACAUAGAGAAUUUUGCCGAGCGGAAGUUCAUAACAAGGCCUCUUAUGUAUUAUCAGCCAGCUACCGAAUCAACCCCGGAACGCGUGAUAUUGCAGUAUGCUCGUCGGUCACUCGUCGGAUUCGGCGCCCUCCCUCGAAGCCAUAACAUCCCGCCCAUCACCGAAGCGCAGGCCGAAGCGUUGGACACCUUGCACUUCCUCGGCGAGAAGUUCAGCGUCAAUACGUAUUUCCAGAAAGGGGAUAUCCAAUACGUCAACAACUUAGCGCUCUUCCACGCGCGGGACGGGUUCACAAACACGGCUGAGAAGCAGCGGCAUUUGUUACGGCUUUGGUUGCGCGACCCUGAGAACGCUUGGGCAACACCGGAGCCGUUGAAGUGGAGGUGGGACCAGCUGUAUGACGGUUGGACGCCAGAGGAAGAGGUUUUGCCCCUUGAGCCGUACAUUCGGUCAGCAGGUAACAAGAGCGGUUGAGUAUUCUAGCACCUGUGGGUUCUAUAUAGUUCUUUUAUGGUGUUUAAUCCAUCGAGCCAUCGACUAAGACAUGUUUGGCGAUUGCUGUCAAUUCUUUUUCAACUGCCGCAAUAUUAACGACUGAUGCGACGUAAAUCGUGUGUUACCGCUUGGCUGGAAUCAAGGACUCAUUGUGACGCUAUAAAUCGCACUUUGUGGUAUCAUUGCAUACUUGGCGCGUGGGAGAAAAACGAAUGCCCUGUCUUGUGCUGAUAGGGUACGUCCAUACCUUGGCUUGUAAUAAAAAGCUUGCGACUAUAACCUAACCCUGAAAUUGACUAUGUAAUUGUGUGUAAGCACGCGCCUA